UCUUUCGCCCCCCCCCCCUCCCUCUCGGUAACUUCAAGUAUAAGGCCUGUAUUUGUGAAGUUGGUGACGCCCAUUUGUAUCGUAGGAGCACUGAAAAAAAAACCGCCACGACAAGUUCAUUGUUACAUUUUUUACCCCCCCCCCCUCCGGUGACACGACUUUUGCUCCUGUCUUUAUAUCUCAAAGGGUAUAGGGGCAUAUAGAGUUAGAGUUAGGAUUGUGCAUAGAUAAUUAGUAUACAUCUCUAUGGGAUUGUGAUAGUUUAUCAGAGUGCGGAAGUGUGUGUGGGGGAGGCCCUGUUUUUUGUACAGAAAAUGUAGGCCUAAAGAUUAAAAUAAGGAUUAUGGUUAAUUUUGGAUGUUACUUUUAUUAGUUUUGUAGGUUAGAUUUUUUUUUAUUUUUGGCUUUAAAAGCAGAUUUCCCAUAUGAGCAAUUGUCUCCGAUCCGGAGCAAAUAAAAUGGCACCACUUGGACAUGGAGUUCCUUUCCCAAGCUGCUAGCGCCCUAUAUAUUUCCCGAGCUUUCCCGCCAUUUCAAUUUUGCAUUUAUUCAAUAGGAGCGCGGCAAAAUCUAGAUAUCGCGUGAUUGGAGGAAGGAUUCAGGAAGGCGUGGUUACAAAACUUAUUCCCAUUUCUAUUGGCCAAUUCUCGGCUUGCGCUCGAUAUCUACUAAAUUGCCUGGAUAAAUAGCGCGCGCUAAUGCUACUGUGCAUGUGCAGCCUUGGCGGAUGUGUUUGUAAAUCUGUAAAGAAUUAGACCUACUAAGUAUUUAUUACUUUCAAAUUGACUGACUUGAGUGGGGAGUUUAAUAUUUUGGAGAAAGUACUUCUGAGAGAUAAGAAGAAAUAAAGUGAGCAAGCUUCCUUGGAGCGAGCACCAUGUUCUAUUCACAUGAUAUCCUACAAAAGCGAGGCGGAAAGUUUGGAAUCAUUUGGAUUGCAGCAACAAAAGGGGUAGCAUUGAGCAAGAGAGAUUAUUGCAGUGUGUGUGUCACAAAGUCAUGCGAUGACAUUGUCAAAUACAUCACAUUGCAAGUGUUACCAGCUGGUGGGAAAGGUUCUCGUCCUCGCUUCUCUCUUUACCUUUCAUCUCAGUUGAUGGUUGGUGUUGCAAGAGUCUUUGAGAAACAAGUCGGUUAUUUCAUUGGUGAUGUGACUGAGCUUCACAAGCGAGCAAGUGGAUUCCGGGCUUCAAGUUUUGAUGAUGUGUUUCCCAGUCAUAUUCAGCUCAAGAAAUCAACAAGGUCAGGUGACUUCUGUACGAUGCCUGAAUCCAACCUGUUCAACGAUGAAGAGUUUGGUGUGAUGAGAGGUUCAUGGGAUACGUCUCCAGAUCCUCUUCUACUUCCAGAAAUUGAGAUGUUUUCUGUGAGUCCAUACAGGACAGCUAAAUUGUCUACAUCGUUGCUAGAGCUUAGUCCAACUCAGAUGGAUAAACUUGUACUUGAGAGUCCAUCCCAUGUGGUAUCCAGUGCGUCAGAGAUCAGCCUCAAAGAUGAAGAGUCUUAUCACCAAGAAGUACAGAUCCCCGAGGUUGAAUUGCCCCCUCUGGAGGGCAUUGAUGAUGAGCUCAUGACAAACAUCUAUGAAGAGAUGGCUGUAGUGGAAGAAAUGAAGGAGAAUGAAGACCAAGUAAACAUCUCCCAGCUUAGCAGUUUCUGCCUUGACCAGCUAUGGGAAGUGGACCAGCAGACAGGUCAGCUCAUCCUGUCUCCCUCUCCCAAAGGAAGGGAUUUCCGGCCACGUCACUCCUCCCCUCAUCAAGCCCUCAGUCAACUCUCUCCCAUACCCUCCCAGGAGGCGCUCCCCUCACCCACUGGACCAGGGCUGGAAGAGCAUCUGGUGGAAGGAGCUGAUGUGGAGGCAGAGCCUGCGGAAGAGCAGAAGGUGGAGGUUGAAGGAGCAGAGGUGGUUCCUCCUCCCAAGAAGCCAAGUACCGAUGGGAUGGAGACUCCUGCGAUUGGACCAGUGAUGCAAAACAUUCUACGACUGUCUCCAAUCGAUGCUGCCACCCCAUCACCUAUCCCUCGAAGAGGACGCAAGAGACGUCUUGUGUUUGCUGAUAAUUCCACUCAAAUGAGUAAGAAAGACAUACGGCGCAAUAUGGAAACCGUGGAUGAACUUGCGCGCAAGGAGACUAUCAUAUCUCUAGGUCACCCAUCUGCCAAGGAACUGUUUGAAGAGCCAGCAAGAAAAGCUUUGAAGAGGACGACUGCCCUGUUCAAGCUAUGGAAGGAUCAUUCUGAGCUACGAAGAGCCACGACUGAUCCCGAAGAGGAAGAUCUUGAUGCACCCGCCUGGAGCACAGCUUACACGAGACCCAGACAACCCCUCCCUGGAUCAUCCUCUGAUACAACCAGCAGAGAAGAGCAGGAAGAAGAGGAAGAUGAAGAGAGGGCUUUACUGCUCAAGGAAAUACCAGAGGUCCUUCGGCAUGAACUUUCUGUGAGUACAGAGCGUCUGAGAGAUAUAUCCUUGGAAACCAGCCAGCCACGGGCAAAGUUUGAAGACACUCCCCACUCUCUUAUUGUCUCAGAUGCCAGUCACUUGUCUGAUUCCAAGGACAGUUCACGUGCAAAGAGUUUCCACUCGGAUCCUCCAACAGCACAGCGGAGCUUGCACCGCCCCAUAAGAGACAGCUUCAAGGAAAUGGGAGAGGCCAUCCCGGAGGAACUCAUGGACAUCCAGGAGCUUCCAUUAUUACCAGAGGAGGAUAUGCUGAUGGACCAGCUGGAGGGACAGAUGGAAGAACCAGCAGUGGCCGAGAUGAUCAGUACCUCAGAAGAUGAAGAAGGAAGGAAGUUGAGAAAGAAGGAAGAGACAAAGGAGAAGCAAGAGGAAUUGACGGUUCCUCAAGGGAACAUCCUGAGGGGAAUUGGUGUGCUUACAGAAGAAAAAGAUUCAAUUCGAUUCAAGGACCUGGUCCCACCAUCAACCUACAGAUCAGUUGCAACCAAGAUCUUCUCUGUGUGUCUGGAAUACGCUGCAAUGAGGCUCAUCUCAGUGACUCAGAAAAAGCCUUUUGGAGACAUCUAUAUUCAGAGAGGACCUAACUACGAGUAGAACGAUGUAAUCUAGUUGCUUCUUUCACUUUACUCAGGCAGAGCGAUAAUUUAGGGAGCCUUUAAUUGUUUUCUAGGAAAUUGUGUGUGAUAAAGAUUUUUACCUCUCAACAACUCAUAACAUCUUGAAAGAUUAGAGAAGGAUGCUUUUUUUUACUUUAUUGGUGGGGAUAAGGGGGGGGGGGGUAAAGAAACGGUGAGUACUACCAUAUCCCAUUCUCCACUUUUCAGUAUUAAAUAGAAAAAGAGAUAGGAGGCUUGUCUUACAAAGAGUUAUGAAAGAUUAAAAAUUAAUUUCAGUUUGAUUUUUAAGUGUCAUUUGGAACAAUUGCAGCUCUUUUUGAGACAGACCCCAGGGUUUUUUUUUUGGGGGGGUCUGGAAGUAUGUGUUAGAUUUCAUAUUCAGAUUAUGAGAUCAAUGAAAUGCAGGGCUGUCAUUAAAAGCUGGUAAAAA